AUGGGCAUAGCGCCUUCAAGAACUGAACUAUACCUCCCUUCGGACUACUCUUUACGCGUUUGCUCCCCGGAUCGCUGUUGGUGUAACGGAAGACAUCAUAAUUGUUCUUCUCCCAAGUACCUUUACGUGGAGCGUGGCGGAGACGGGAGGGAACGGUAUCAGGAUCCGGUGGAUAUGGUUGGCGAGUUUUUCAUGAACGGCGGUGGAGGAGGGCUUUCGAAGAAUCCGGGAGAGUGGACCGUAAGGGAUUAUGAGAGGCUUGGAGAGGUGUUGAAUGAGUGGCAAAUGAGGGAGAGGGGACGGCGGAGGGGUGGUGGUGGUAACAACUACGGGCCGAGUCCUUGGGAUGGCAGUGGCGGAGGUGAUGGGAGUGGGAGGAGAAGACGCACGCAUCCUACUCGGGGCGAAUUCGACCGGAUGCGGGAUACUGUUGAAGACAAGUUCCAACGGAUGGCGGAGGAGUAUCAGAGGCACAUGGCGGAGAGGGAUUCUUUGCUCUUUGGGAGUGCUUCUGAUCAUAAGAGGGAACAGUACAGGAACAAUAUGCUGAAAACUUUGCAAGAGAUCUUGCCGCAGCUGAGUCAGAUGAUUGCUGCACAACAGAUGGGUGGUGGUGGGAUGAAUGGAGGUGGGAUGAAUAUGGGAAUGGGUAUGGGAAUGGGAAUGCAGAAUGGGAUGCAGGGUGGGAUACCGGGGCUGGGAGCCAUGGGUGGUGCGGCUGGUUCACCUGGGAUGGGAAUGCAAGGCGGCGGCAUGGGAAUGCCAGGCAUAAAUGUCAAUCCUAUGAUGAACCCUAUGGCGGCCGCAGCUGCAAUGGCUGGAGGCCCUGGGAUGGGUCCCAUGAACACUCCUAUGAUGCCGGGUGGAGGAAUGAAUGAAUUUGGCGGCGGCGGUGUUGGUGGAUUUGGUGGCGGCGGUUUUGGUGGGCCUGGGCGACGAGGUCGAGGAAGGAGAGAGAGGGCCUUCCGAGAUGACUUUGAUGAUGACUUUGGUGGUGGAGGCAGACGAGCUGGGCGGCCGUUUAGAAGAGGUAGAAGAGGUGGUUGGGAUGAUGAGGAUGACGAUUUGCUCGGUGGAAUCGGCGGUGAUGGUGAAAGACCUCAAGGCGGACCUCAGAGACCGCGGCGGCCUAAUGGAGGGGACUUUGAUGGUGGUACUGCACAUCAGGAUGUAUAUGGUAAUCGGAUCGAUGAUGGCUUUCGCAUGGCACCUCCGAUACCUCCACAGCAUACGCACUUCCAUCCGCAACCAGAGUACGCUCGCUCGCCUGGAACGGACUACCUAGGAGAAGAGCGGACAUAUGGUCAAGCGCGAAACGUCCAUCCCGUGGUACCUCCGCUAAGAAGACCAUCACCGUCUGGACAUCCGCAAGCAUGGGUGCCAGAAACGAAUAUGCCCCCUGACCCUACACUCCGGCCUAUCUCCCCUCCGGCUGGGAGGUAUUGGCCGGCCGGUAGCACAAGACAGCCAAGGGGGGCCUCUGUUCCACCCAUCUUCGAGGCGGACUCGGUGUGCGAAGCUGUGCCGUCCUCGAUGAGGCCGGGCAGUCUCAAGAGAGCUACCGGGUUCCAACCUGAAGCGCGACUGUCUAGACCGAGAGACGAAGAGCCAAAUCGCAGAGAGCCCGAAGCUGGAGCCGUUCCUUCGCAACGAGACCUACAGUGA